AUGUCGAAAGAGGCGCUUUACGAGCCGGUGCCCUCGUCGUCGCGCCUCAAGGUCUUUUCCACGCCCAUCCAGCAGGCCGGUCAUAAUCAUCACAAUCACCACCCUCAAGACGACGAGAGCCAUGGCAUCGACGACGGUCGCUAUGCGCCCAAUCACCGACGACACCCCGACAAUUAUCCCCGACUGCAACGGCACGAAGAGCCUACGCUGCUCGAAAUCUUUUACGAUUUAUUCUUUGCCGCGACGUACAAUGCCUACUGCGAAGCCAAGGAAGUCACCAAUCACGCAAGCUUCAAAGCCUCGAUUGGAUUUUUCUGUCUGCUGUGGUUGACAUGGUUCAACGUUACGCUCUUUGAUGUCCGCUACGCCACCGAUUCCAUCUUUUCACGCCUCAACACGGCUAUUCAGCUCGGUGUCCUCGUCGGCUUCGUCGUCGUCGCCCCCACGUUUAACCCGACCACGCAAGAUGCGCCCACCAUGCGCGCCAUGUCCAUCAUUCUGGCCGUCUCCCGCUUCAACCUCAUGGGCCAGUACGCCUGGAUGGCCAUUCACGUCCGCCGCUACCGUCCCACGCGCCUACCACUGCUCGCCCAAAUGGCCAUUUACGCCGCCGCCGGCGCCGUCUACCUCGGCCUCACGUUCCGCUUCGACGAGGGCCGCCGCAGCCGCGCCUUUGUCACCUGGUACUGCGUGUCGGCCGCCGAGGGCGUCGUCAGCCUGCUGCUGUCCAACUACUCGCCCGUGCUGAGCGUCGGCAAGACGCAUCUGAUGAAGCGGCUGACGCUGCUGACCGUCAUGAUUCUCGGCGAGGGCACCGAGUCGCUCGCCAAAAAAAUGCUCGUCAUUGUCAAGCACAAGCACGCCUGGGACGCCACCACCAUUGGCUUCGUGACCGCCGCCGUCGCCACCGUCUACUUUGUCUUUCUCGUCUAUUUUGACUGGCUCGGCGCAAAGACGCACCUACCCCCUCUGCGCCGCAACGUCUGGGUCGCGCUGCAUUUUCCGUUUCACCUGGCGCUGGUGCUCUUUAUGCAAGGAUUCACGCAGAUGCUCAUCUGGGGCAAAAUCGCCAAGCAGUUGAAGCGCGCGUUUGACUUUGCCGAUCCGACCAACGACGUCGACGUCGUCAGCGGCCACGCCACCACUCUGUCGGUCAGCAGGAGCGUCAAUGCCUCGGUGCAGGAAUUCAUUGGCGAUUACCCGUCGCAGCUGGAAAGCACAACCGAGGUCAUCAACGGGGCGCUCGGGAAUAUAUCGUCGCUGCCGGACAGCUUCUGGCCGCUGGUUGCUCGAGUGGCCAAUGACAAGGACGACAUGAGCGCUGCAAACUUGACGGACGCUGAGCUGGACAGUUUUGGAAAGCUCUACAACUCGGGCAUCAAUCUCGCCGUUUCCAUGGCCAAUAAUGUCUUUCGGUCCUUUAACACUGAGGUGUCUGGUGAGAUCGAAGCCAAGAACAAGGCUCUCGAGGGCCAAGAUCGCCAGGGCUUCCAAUUCAAGCUGCAACAAGACAAUUGGAACCGUUACGGCCUUGUGUUUGCCUACACGUAUAUUAGUGCCGCAUGCACUAUUCUCUUUGUCCUCAUUCUGAAGCAGCUUACCGACGGGUACAUCCCCAAAGGCUGGGGCAUGAUUCGUCAAAUCAUCAUCUUUUGCCUUGCUCUCGGCACUGGCCUGGCCACUAUCGUGUGGUUCAACAGCGAGCUUGUCUUUAACUGGUUACAGACACCUUGGGUCAUGCCCACGCUGUGUUUUGUCUGGAUGGCCAUUGUCAUUCUGACGCACGUCAACAUUGGCGGCGUAAAGCUCAACUCGAGCCAUUUCAAGUGGCGGUCGCGCAAGUAG